AUGGAGAAUCCUGAGGAAUCUCCAGUGAAAUCUGUAGCUGAACCAAUUCUCACUGACCCUGAUAUUGAUAUUCCCAUAUAUAAAACGACCGAAAUCCCAAAGCGAUUCGUAUUUAAAAAUAUGGAAAAUUUUCUGAUCAAAAUUGAUCAAACCGCAUAUGAUGACACAUCUUGGAUAUGCAAGAAAUUUAUUAACAACUAUGAUUUGACCAUUGAUUUCUGUGAAAAACUUAUUUCACAAAUUAAUGAACGAAUUAACAAAGCAAAAAAGACUCUUUCAGAAUGUUUUCAGCGAAGUUUAGUACCUAACAAGCUAAAAUAUGUAGCUGUGAAUUCAAAUUCCUUCUUUUAUCUAAUAGUUCUUCUAAAAAGAAAAACAUCACUCGAAAAGAUCCUCAAUGAGAACAUUAUAUCAACUUUUACUUAUCGUAAAUCUAUAAUUUCUAAGAUAAUUGCACUCGCAAAGCAUCUCAAGAAAUAUCCACGUUCUUAUGUGAUAAAUAUCGGAAGAUUACAUGCUCUUAAUCCUCAACAUACCGAUUUCAUGAUAGAAACCGUACUAAAAAUUAAAGCUCUCGAAGUUGCAAUUUCAGAUGUCAAAGUUAUGCAUAUCUACACACCAAAAAUUGCAUUACAACCGUCAGAGCGUACUGAAUUCAUGAAAACAUCGAUCCUUUCAUGCCUUAGAUACCAAGAUCCUUUAACUGGUUACAUUCCUGAGACAGAACACCAUGGAACGUUUGCCACGUUCAUGGAUUCAAGAUUUGAAAUACAUAAGAUGGCAAAAACGAGUUCAAUUGAGACAAUUAUUAAGAGAACAAUAGAAGGUUCAACAGAAUUCACGAAUUUUAAAUCUCCCGAGCUUAUUCAAGCACUGAAAACGCUUGCAUCACGAUAUUGGUUCGAUAAACUAAUAAUUGUCAAUAAAUUUUACAAAGAAAAUUAUAAUCCAAAAUUUUCAAGUUAUGUUAAGAGUUUACGGUCUUGUUCACUCAAAGAACUUGGAAUUACAAACAAAUUGUUUAAAAAACUUGGCCAUUUCAAGUUUUCUUCAGAAUUAUUGAACUCUUACAUCUCAUUUCGCGAUGUUUCAUAUGAUUACAUUGAAUCUUUGUUAUACCAAACGUCUCCAUUGGAUAUAGCAAGGAAUUAUUAUACAAUUGACCUCUUAAUUUCAGGUUUUGUUGCUAAUACGCUCAAUCAGUCGAUUGAUACCAAAGAUGUCAAAGAGAAUCUUCCAUUUAUGUGGUCUGUCAUAUUUAUCAACUGUCCUUGUACUGUAAUUGAUCUUCCAAUCAAAUUUGUCAUGAAAUAUCAUGAUUUAUGCGAUAUUCCACACUUUUUAAUAGAGAAAUGCAAAGUGCCCUAUGAUAUUAUUAUGAAAUGGCAAGCGAAAUGUUAG